UGCUGAAGACACGAAGGAGGCUGAGCUCCACAUUUCAGAUCUGAGCGGGAUCGACUCACCGGAGAGAGGAGGCGCUGCGUAAAGACGCACGGAAAAACUCCAAGAGUCCAGUUCAUCCAGGGGGGGCUCAGAGCGACGCUUCCCACCUCCUGCUCUCUAUCAGCCGCUUUCUCUCAUUCUGUCGCCACAGCGGAUCUUUUUCUACGUUUUCAGAGGCAGAAACGACGAGUUUCCACGUCCUCGCCUCCCUUCCCUGCGUGGAUUUAGCGCUCUGAGCGGCUGCCGUGGACUUUGGCCCGGGAUCACGGCUCCUUCCCCCGGUCAGCAGCACAGCCCGGCAGCUGUCGUUCAUGUUCCACAGGGCUGCUUUUGAUGGAUUUAUAAGGUCCAGUUUUUUAGCCGGAUACAGCCGAGAGCCGCUCCAGGCCGCUCCGGGGGAGUUUACAGAGAAACGGAGCUCCAAAUGAGGAUUUCAAUGUUCCGACGUAUCGAGCGGGACGAGGAGUGAUUCCUCCCCGGUGCCAGUGAUCAGUGCGCGGACACAGCGCGAGGAAAGGAUCCAGAUUUAGAGACAUUGUGGGUUUAGCAGCUUCCAAUGCCCGGGACCAGAGUGUGAGGCCCAUUCCAGGCUUCAGCACGUAUUCCUGCCCGGUAACCACACGACACACGCGUCAGGUGAAGAAGAUGGCGAGGGUCUGCACGCUCUGCGUCCUGCUGCUCUGUCUGAUGGACGGGGUCUCGGCCCGGGCCGUGGACGAAGGCAGAACCAAAGAUCUUCGGGUGUCCAGGCCGCUGAUCGUACCAGGUUACCCAGAAAACACCACGGGGGUAAUGGGUGGUCAGGUGAAGCUGGUGUGUAAAGUCCACCGGCCAGCAUCCACCAAGGUGCAGUGGCUGAAGACGGAGGCCGGCACGCCCGGACCGAGCCAGGCAGGACCGCCUCGCCUCAGGGCUCUGACGGCGCUGCAGAGCAAUGCGUCCAAGCUGAACACACUGCACCUGUCCAACAUCACUGCGGCGGACGCAGGCGAGUACAUCUGCAUGGCUGAGAACACCCAUGCAGGACAGACAGUGCAGGCCAUGCAGUCGGCGUGGCUGGAGGUCCUGCCAGGUACCAUCAUAUCCCAAACUGUGGACCUGACAGCUGCUGAAAUCCCCCCAGAUGUUCUUGAGGACCUGAGCGAAGACACCACAGAACAUCUUCUGUUGGAGCCGGGAAACAUCCUGAAGCUGCGCUGCGACAUGAGCACCCGGCCCGGCAUGGCCGUGAACUGGUACAAGGAAGGAGGCCGGGUUCUGCCCACGCCCCGCAUCCAGAUCCGUGGCACCGUCAUGGAGAUCACAGACGUAACAUAUGAGGAUUCAGGCGUUUAUGUUUGUGUUCUCCGGGGAACCAAGGAACCUGUGAGGAACUUCACCAUCACUGUGGCAGACUCGUUGGGGUCGGGGGACGAUGACGAGGAUAACGGCUUGGAGGACUCAUCGGCUGAGAUUGAAAACGACCAGGUUUACUUCUCCAGAGGUCCCUACUGGACCCACACCCAGCGUAUGGAAAAGAAGCUGUACGCCGUUCCUGCAGGGAACACGGUAAAGUUUCGUUGUCCGGCCAUGGGCAGCCCCAUGCCGAGCAUCCGCUGGCUCAAAAAUGGGCGUGAGUUUAGAGGAGAGCACCGCAUCGGAGGCAUCAAGCUGAGACACCAGCACUGGAGCCUGGUGAUGGAGAGCGUUGUGCCUUCGGACAGAGGAAACUACACCUGCGUGGUGGACAACAAGUACGGCUCCAUCACUCACAGCUACGUCCUCGAUGUCCUCGAGCGUUCCCCUCACAGGCCCAUUCUACAGGCCGGCCUACCGGCCAACACCACGGCAGUGGUGGGCAGCGACGUCCAGUUCCACUGUAAGGUCUACAGCGACGCCCAGCCUCACAUUCAGUGGCUCAAACACAUAGAGAGGAACGGCAGCCGCUACGGGUCUGAUGGGACGCCCUAUGUUCAGAUCCUCAAGACCGGCAGUCUGAACAUGUCAGAGGUGGAAGUGCUCUACCUGUCCAAAGUUACUAUGGAGGAUGCAGGAGAAUACACCUGUCUGGCUGGAAAUUCAAUUGGAUUCGCCCACCAGUCCGCCUGGCUCACCGUCAUCUCAGAAGAGGAAGCAGCAGAUGCUAUAGACACCAUGGAGACCAAGUACACCGACAUCAUCAUCUACGCCUGUGGUUUCCUGGCUCUGAUCAUGGCCAUCGUCAUCGUGGUGUUGUGUCGAAUGCAGGUCCACCCCAGACGGGAGCCGUUUGAUGCCCUCCCUGUCCAGAAACUCUCCAAGUUUCCUCUUCGCAGACAGUACUCGGUGGAGUCCAACUCGUCAGGGAAGUCCAGCGCGUCGCUGAUGAGGGUGGCUCGCCUCUCGUCCAGCUGCUCCCCCAUGCUGGCUGGAGUCAUGGAGUUUGAAUUGCCCUACGACCCGGACUGGGAGUUCCCCAGGGAGAAUUUAACGUUGGGCAAACCUCUAGGAGAAGGCUGCUUCGGUCAGGUGGUCAGGGCUGAGGCCUACGGCAUUAACAAGGACAGUCCGGAUCAGGCCACCACUGUGGCAGUCAAGAUGCUCAAAGAUGAUGCCACAGACAAAGAUCUGGCGGACCUCAUCUCAGAGAUGGAGCUGAUGAAGGUGAUGGACAAACACAAGAACAUCAUCAACCUGCUGGGAGUCUGCACACAGGAUGGCCCUCUGUAUGUGCUGGUGGAGUACGCAUCCAAAGGCAGUCUGAGGGAGUACCUGCGGGCCCGGAGACCCCCAGGCAUGGACUAUACCUUUGAUGUGACCAAGGUGCCUGAAGAGCAGCUCACCUUCAAAGACCUGCUGUCCUGUGCCUACCAGGUUGCCAGAGGGAUGGAGUACCUCGCCUCUAAAAGGUGCAUCCACAGAGAUUUGGCAGCCAGAAACGUUCUGGUGACGGAGGACAACGUGAUGAAGAUCGCUGACUUUGGCCUGGCCCGAGGAGUCCACCAGAUCGACUACUACAAGAAAACCACCAACGGACGGCUGCCGGUGAAGUGGAUGGCACCAGAGGCCUUGUUCGACAGAGUCUACACACACCAGAGUGAUGUGUGGUCGUUUGGGGUUCUGAUGUGGGAGAUCUUCACGCUGGGCGGCUCACCGUAUCCUGGUAUCCCGGUCGAGGAGCUCUUUAAGCUGCUGAAGGAAGGACAUCGCAUGGACAAACCCUCCAACUGCACACAUGAGCUCUACAUGAUGAUGCGUGAGUGCUGGCACGCCGUUCCCACCCAGAGACCAACCUUCAAGCAGCUGGUGGAGGAGCUGGACCGAGUGCUGCUGUCCAUCUCUGACGAGUACUUGGACCUGUCGACACCCUUCGAGCAGUACUCGCCGUCGUGCGAGGACACGUCCAGCUCCUGCUCCUCUGACAACGACUCUGUUUUUACCCACGACGCCUUGUCCACCGACCCCUGCCUCCUGGGCUACCAGGACGUGCGCUCCCGGAUAGACGCGAAGACGGCGCUCCGAUAGACGCGCACCUGAAGGCACCCGCACAUACGCAGACAGGAAGUCAACACGACAAAGGGGAAACACAAAGUAACGGAACAUCUGCUGGCAGCCAUACUGAAGGUCCACAGCUGCGUUUCUGAAGUUCAGAGAAAGCUUUUAUUCUCAUUACGUUUUCAUUGGACCUCCGCUGUGGCGCCGGACGAAGCCGGCAGACACAGACACACGCGAACAUCCACACAGAUCACAUGAUGCACUGAGGCCGCUGGGCUUCGUUACACGAUGAAGGUUUGGAGAAGAACAUUUCAUCCUGGGCAAACGGUACUUUGGACUAUCAGCUGUGGCACUGUGCCCGAGAACGGUCGUAACGUUGGAAAACUGCGGCACUAAACUCAGCAGAAGAGAACCCCGGUGCUCAAAACGCCUCCUCCAAGUUCAGAGAGGCGACGGACAAUGACCUCCUCACACAAACGCAGCCCAAAACCAGGGCUUGAAACCUCGCUGAUAAAGACAUUUUAACAAAAAAGAUUUAUUUUGCUAUGAUAGAAGAAGAAGAAACUGAUUGUUAAAUAUAAAUCUCUUUAUAUAAGAUUAUUUUACUUUUGUGUUGCUUAUUUAAAACGAAAACGGUCUUAAAUCUCAGGAUCUCUUGUGCUUAGAAGUUGCUGUAGUGGCAGCAAAGUGCCUGAAUUCAUGAUUUCCUGUGAAUAUAUUAGAAUAUUAAAAUAUUGUAUGUACAUAUCAACAACAGAAGGACGAUUGCCUUUCAUAAAUUAUUCUGAAUGACACAAAAAUGAAGGUUAUUGGAGGCGACAGAGAGAAUUUAGUCAAGUGCCAAACCGGUCACAGUUCAUGUCUUUGUGUUCGGGGUUCAUUCCAAAAUACCAGCAGAUUUAAUUUAAAGCCCAAAUGAAAAUAAAGAAUCCAAGGAGUCUCAGAAAUCAGUAGAUGCUGUUAAAAACUGGUCUCCAUCAGCCGCCUGAGACCAACUGAGAAACACAAACUCCUCAAUUCCCAUCGACAGCUCAAACCUCAAGUCUAUGUGGUCAACAAAUGAUGGAUUGGAGCUUUAAAGACGCUCAAACUUGGGACAUUUUGGAAUGAAACCCUCCAUUUGUAGUAAACUGCUUCGGCCUCCAGCCCAAUGAAACAAUUUGUGGUUAAAUACCAGAAGGAGCCCAGUUGUCGUUGCUGUUGUUGGAUAAAACCCCCCAAACUUUGUAGCUCUCACAAGCCGUGAAGCAUUUCUGAAGUUUUAAAAGGAGUUUUCAAAGACCGAAGGUCAUGAGCCGGACUCAUUUACACGUAGAAACGAGCAGGUACACGUGGAGGCUUCGCCGGGUCGCCUCCAACAGCAGCUUCACUCGGCUUUGUCAGAGACAGAGUGUCCGGGGUGGGACUCGUCCUGAAAGGGGGACCGACGACUCAGCACGGGGACUCCGUUGGGGAGCUGGCCCAAGCCCACUGUCACUGCUGACGAGGAGAGGAGGGCGGGGGGCACUGAAUGUGAAAGCCAGUGUGAUUGAUUUCAAAUAGAAGAGAAGGGGGAGGGACCCUCCUUUGUCUGCGGUAACCCUUCACCCAGCCCAAUCUGUUGGUGAGGGGUCCUCAGGUCCGCAGCCUGGCUGGACAAUGAAGGCUUUGCAGGCUUAAUGGGUGUGACUACAGACCAGAGGGAGUUCUGGGGGGGUGGUGGUGUGGGGAUAGCUUGGGCUUGUGUGCAAAUGAAGAGGCUCUUAUUAUGUUAAUGUCUCCUCUUCUCUCCCAAAUGCCCCAUCUUUAUCCUCAUAGUCACCAUCUUUUAAAUUACAAAUCUUAAUUCAGAUUCACCACCGGGACCAGCUGUGGGGUAAAUAUCAACCGAGUCCCAGUCCACCUCCGAGACCUGCCCCCAGGCAAAACAAGGGGACACAAAUAAAAUAACCACUGACGGUUGCAUCCUCAGUUGUAUCACACUGUUCCUCUCUGGUCCUUCUGUCUCUCAAAUGUUUGUAGAAAAAUGGACGGUUUCAUUCCAAAGUGCUCUGCGUGGUUCGUCCCGUCGCCCUCCGAGUGUAACAGCAGCCCCCCCCCCACUGAUGGAGUUAUCCCGUUUUGGAAUGAAGCUCUUACAGUUACACAAAGUAUCCGGAUACAUUUCCGUCUUUACAUUCCAGUAAUCUGCUCCUCAGCCAGACAAACUGUCAACAAUCACAUCGUUCUUCAUCGUUU